CGUAGAGAAGCCUGUACCUUACCCAGUGAAAGUACCAGUUAAGGUACCAGUCAAAGUACCUUAUCCAGUGGAAGUCAAGGUGCCCGUCCACAUCCCCGUACCUGAGAAACAUCACUAUGAGCACGAAUAUAGUGGUGGAUACGAGAGCUACGGAAGCGGUUCCGAAGGAAGCUAUGGAAGCGGUUCCGAAGGAAGCUACGGAAGCGGUUCCGAAGGAAGCUACGGAAGCGGUUCCGAAGGAAGCUACGGAAGCGGUUCCGAAGGAAGCUACGGAAGCGGUUCCGAAGGAAGCUACGGAAGCGGUUCCGGAGGAAGCUACGGAAGCGGUUCCGAAGGAGGUUAUGGAGGAGGAUAUGGAGGUGGCAGUUCUUCUUACUCAACCCACACGUACCAUCAUUAGCUACGUUACCUUGAUUUUUGUUACCACUGCUGACUGUUCUCUUGUACUUAUGUAAUAUAUUUUUGUGUACAGUGUAUUUUUCUACAAAUGUGAUGUUUAGUAAAUAAAUUAGUUGU